AUUUUCCACCUCGUCCUCCCGUUCCCUCACUCUCCGAUUGCGCUCUACCUAUCCUUCCCAUUUCUGUGUUGUCGCGUUCGUUCAAUUCACCCACCCACUGACAACCGGACAACUCAUCGCUUUUCCUUUCUUAUCUAGCCUUCCUGACCACCCAGUUGCUUUUCAUUUGAAUCGAACGGGGCUCCCAGCAGCCGGCGCUGCCUCUCCUUCUCAUUUUCGCAUUGACCUUUUGCCUCUUACCGGCGCGUACCACUUCUGCUGCGCUCAAAUCAAUCUUCAGUAGAUCGUGCGCGUGUUAAAGAUUACGAUGCGACCUUUACCCACCAAGCGAAAUCCUUUGGUUGCGCCUGGCACAGCACCAUCCUAUGAAGAGCUGGUCAGCCGUCGGCGACUGGGAAAGACAAAAUUGACUGUCAAGCCGGGCCAAGUGGGAACAUCGAAUGCGACAAGAGCAGAAAAUCUGGGUCCAUUCGAGUAUGCCCAUCUGCGGGCGCCCCUGCCCGAAGACCUCACCGGUUCCGAGAUCUUUGCUAGUCAGUCGAAUCAAGCGCACCCAGAAACAUACUUCCUCAUGAGGAGAAGUAAAGAUGGCUUUGUGAGCGCAACUGGCAUGUUCAAGAUCGCCUUUCCAUGGGCUGCCCAUGUGGAGGAAAAGGAAGAGCGCGAUUUCCUCAAGAGCCUUGAAGCAACAAGUCAGGACGAAGUUGCGGGCAAUGUCUGGGUAGCACCGGAAUUCGCUUUAGAACUCGCCGAGGAGUAUGGGCUAUCGGAUUGGAUUCGUGCACUUCUCGAUCCGACAGACAUUUCGCGAACGCCUUCAAGUGCGAAAAAGCCAAUUGCCGCACCUCCCAAAUUUGAUCUACCCGUUGAUAAGACUAAACCAACUCCUCCCACAAAGGCGCCUCGUUCGAGAGCAACACGGUCGACCUCUCCUGCCAAAGCUGCAAGCCCGACUAAGGCGAAAGCAUCUCCCAGAAAGAGACAGACCAAGGCUCAGAAAGAGGCCAAUAUAGCGAAUGCUAACGCAGCCAGCGCGACUCUCCAGUCGGCACUAGACGACGCCGCAUCUGUGGCAGAAACAGAACCAAAACCAGAGUCACCCGCUUUGCCUAGUCCGCCGGCGACAAUCCCGGAGCCGGAGAUGGUCAAGGUUGAAGUCGACCAAUCAGUCGAAGUUGACGGCACAACAGAGACGACGCACACGAAUGUGACGGUAGAAAUGCCGGCUGGCUUACCAGAGUUACCACUUCCAGAAGAUACCGAGAAAAUGCUUGAGACGGCCAAAAAGAUGGUCGAAGAGGCCAAGACUCUGGAAAGCUCUCCCAAGAUUUCGAAGAAGCGCAAAGCGCAAGAACCAGAGCCGAGCGACAUUGACGCAGAACUUCCACCACAGCCUGCUAAGAAAGCGAGAGUGUUGGAAGAGAAGUUGAAGAGAGAAAAGGUGCGAACGAGGGCAGUUUUGGGUGUUACGGCGACACUGGCUAUAGCCGCUGCCAUUCCAUACUUUUUCUGAGAGGCACUCUUUGCUAAUCCUGUUUUUUCGACUUUUUUUGACCGAGAUACCACUUGUUGAGAUGUUUCCGGGAGAGGGGGUUUCAAACAUUGGCGAAGAAUUGCAAAGGAGGAUGAAGACGGAGACUCGCUUUUUCGGUGCACCCAGUCGUUGGACAUGAGCUUCACAGAUGCUUCUCCCAACGAAAUCUUCCUGCGCUCCCCCAUUUCUUCCAUUAUUCAGCACGGUCAAAGACCAGAUGUCAGUUCUGCCCAGAGGGACGCAAAACCCAGGACCCAAUUGGACUGGCCAAGCUCUUAUAAACCAAUACCAAGUGCAGACACAAUAAAAUCCAAAUUUGUUCGUCGAGAAAAUAGCGGCUUCGGACAAAACAUUACUUCGUGGACCUGUCGAAGCCCCAGGGCCGAAGCG